AGUGACACGACUCCAUGGCGCCAAGUACCGAGAAAGUUGAAGCCCUGGCCGCAUGGGAGAAGCAUGCCCAGUCCUGGGAUCAAAGUAUGGGCGACGAAGGGAACGAGUAUUUCUCGGUUCUAGAGUUACCAGCCCUGAAGCGAAUGAUAACGGGGCAGAACCGGCAUCGAGCGUUGGAUCUUGCCACCGGAAAUGGCCUCGUCGCUAGAUGGCUUGCUCAGGAAGGGUUCUCUGUAAUCGCGACGGACGGCGCAACAGCCAUGCUAGAACACGCAAAGGCGCGAACGGCUGUCUGGUACGAGGAAGGCAGGCUGUGCAAGAAACAAGAAGUUUCCUUCGAACUCCUAGAUGUGACCAACAACGAUCAUUGGGCGCAAUUCAUUAGCAACGCGACUCAUAUGCAAGGCGGAUUCGACGUAAUUACGAUGAAUAUGGGUAUCAUGGACAUACAGGAUUUGGAACCAUUGGCAGCGUCGUUGACACGCCUUUUGAAGCAAGACGGAUGUUUCGUGGCUACCGCUCUUCAUCCUCUAUUCUUCACGAGUGGCGCAAAGCGCCAGAUCAUCGUUGGCGAAGACCCGGUGACCGGUAAGCGCAAGAUAGACCGAUCGAUAGUUUUGUACCAGUAUCAGAACGUCGCCCCGGCAAGGCAGUUACUAUUCUCUGAUAGCAGAAACCACAAACCACCGUUCUCAUUCCAUCGGUCGUUUCAGGAACUGUUCGCCCCAUUUUUUCGGGAAGGGCUCAUCCUGGAUGCCCUCGAAGAGGUGAACUUCGAUGAGAGUUCCUAUGAGCCCUCGCGUGAAUACGCAGCGAGGAACUUCACUGAGUUCCCUAAGAUUCUUGCAUUUAGACUCAGGCGCCGCCUGGCAGACACUAAGCGAUAGGAACAUCUUUGGGGAGUUUUAUGUUGUCUUGUUUCUAAUGGCGUCCGGCUUUGGGUCGGAUUGGUAGACUUGGAACCUACAUGUUCCAGUCGUCCGCCAAGUUAUGUUUUAGCUUCACUCUCAAGCAGACUAUCUUUCCUGUGUAUAUGCUCCCAUGCUAACUAGAGCAAGUAUAUGUUCUCUUGCACUGCGUACGGCGAUAUGUUAUCAGGUUCGAUUCCGAGCUUACGCCGCUGGUUCUCUGAGUAGUUGACCAUUUCAAGCUUCGUGCGUGGUCCGGUUUUCUUUGGGACAAUAGAUAGGCUCAGUCUUCAACCAAAGAUUAUUAUAUAUAUCGAUAACAUUUCUAGUCAUAGCUUCCACUAGAUAAAGCGGUUCUCUGCAGAUGGCAUCGAUGUUAGCAUGUGUCCAUGAUGAACAUGGAUGUAUUGCGCGGAACUUAAGACAAGUCAUACUCAAUAAAAUUAACAGUUUCCCUAAUACUCCCAAGCCAUGAAUCAAGGGAUUGAUGAACUGCUGUGGGUGCCGUCGAUACAAACAGGGAUGCGCCUCCAAGCUUCUGCAAUGCUU